CCCCAUUUUCCCCCACCACCCAUGCCGCCGCCAACCGGCAUCCGGCUGCGCGAUAGCUGCCAAUCGUGCGCGGCAUCCAAGACCAAAUGCUCCAAGGACAAGCCGCAAUGCGCUCGGUGCGCCAAGAGAGGUACAAAGUGUGAAUACCUCGUCACACAGCGGACAGGCAGGAAGGCCCUGGCGCGGCGAGACAGCGAUGCCAAAGAGCAGAGCAGUGAUGUCGCCGCCCGACGCAAGAGCUUGAGCCGUUCAAUGACGACAGCAACAACCACAACAACAGCAUCGUCGUCGUCGACCAUGUAUGACGCACCGGACAUUCACAUGUCGGGAUGUGUAGAGCUGCAGGACGGAGCAGCAGACAUGUACAUGAUAGAGCCGGGGCUCGAGGCACUCGAUGCAGAUACUGCUAGCAGCAUGCUCCCUGAGAUGAGUACAGUCCAAGACGACUACUUCUCGCUCCUCCUCCCAGACGCCAACAUGUCUGCACUGGACCAGGUAUACGAUGCAAGCAGUGUCACAGACGCCGCGGCAUCCGACGUGCUAGCCCAACCGCUGCUCGGCACCAGCGGCGGCAUGCCUCACGGCACAGCAGCAUAUGCAGCAUACACGCAGGGCAACGACGUAGCAGCGCCUGGACACUCGCCCAAGGACCCGCCGCAGCAGCCCGACCUAGGUAUGCUCCUCGAUGCAGCAUGCUUGCCGGGACAAACCCCAACUGGUGAGCAAACCGCCCUACUGCUCUCCGAGAUGCAGACGCCCUACCAAACCGCCAUGCACCACGCCGCAGCCUCGCAGCAGCAGCACGAGGGGCUCACAAUGGCUCUGCAGCUAAUGCAGCACCUCUGCUGCUUGAGCGAUACGAGUAGUACUAACUCCAUUCCGCUCGUAGGAGGGGGACCCCAGCAGCCGCUCCGCCUCCGCAGUCUCAUGGACAAAUGCAGCAAAGCCACCGCAACAAUCAGCGCCAUCUUGCACGGCGACAGCUCCCACGACGCCUACUUCCUCGCAGUCGUCUGCCUCACAAUGUCCAAAGUCCUAGACGCAUACGUCACUGCGUCCCGUAGCCUCGGUACACCAACCACCGCAGACUACGACAGACGCAAGUCGCGCUCCUCAUCCGCAUCCUCCUCGUCUCCUUCCGUUCUUUCGUCCCCGACCCGCCCGGAUUCUGCGCGUAGUAAUCGCAGCAGCGGGAGUGUGUCACCGCCGGUUGUCCUCCAGGGGGACCCUAAGGCGGUUCAACAGUUGCUCGAUGAGUUGUAUCACGUGCGCGCUUCUAUGGAUCUUCUCGGCGCGAAGAUAGCGGCGGUGGCGCCGGCCUCGUGCAGUGUGUUUGCGAGUAGUUUGUCUUUUUCGGCAGAGACGCUGAAUCGGCUUUAUGAGGAGCAGAGACGACGGUUGAAGUGUAUUUCGCUUUACCUAAUCAACAGCCUCAAGGCGUUUUGGGUUGAGGAGGCUUCGUUUUAAUGUUUUCUUUUUUCAGUCACUUUUCGAGGCGUUUAAAGAUACCUAUGGUGUUUUUUGCUUUUUCUUGUAGGAUUGAAGCAUCAGACCAAAAUUGGAGAUUAGUGUGCACGAAUAUGCUGUGGUAUCCAUGGCCUGGGCACGUGUGGAUGCAGGAACAAGGUGGAUGUUGUACUACGCGGCCGAGACCAGUGUAAGUAGUCGGGGAUUAUGUAAUCGUGCAUUGGACAGAGAAUUGAAAAGCUUACGUACGUACUACAGAUGUUGUUUGGAAGGAGCGAUAAGCCCACGUGAUGCAAGUCAAACCAUUAAAAUCAGCAUGUGCACGGUACCUCAAAACGA